AUGGCCGCGGCCAUCGCCAGCGGCUUGAUCCGCCAGAAGCGGCAGGCGCGGGAGCAACACUGGGACCGGCCGUCUGCCAGCAGGAGGCGGAGCAGCCCCAGCAAGAACCGCGGGCUCUGCAACGGCAACCUGGUGGAUAUCUUCUCCAAAGUGCGCAUCUUCGGCCUCAAGAAGCGCAGGUUGCGGCGCCAAGAUCCCCAGCUCAAGGGUAUAGUGACCAGGUUAUAUUGCAGGCAAGGCUACUACUUGCAAAUGCACCCCGAUGGAGCUCUCGAUGGAACCAAGGAUGACAGCACUAAUUCUACACUGUUCAACCUCAUACCAGUGGGACUGCGAGUCGUUGCCAUCCAGGGAGUGAAGACAGGGUUGUACAUAGCCAUGAAUGGAGAAGGUUACCUCUACCCAUCAGAACUUUUUACCCCUGAAUGCAAGUUUAAAGAAUCUGUUUUUGAAAAUUAUUAUGUAAUCUACUCAUCCAUGCUGUACAGACAACAGGAAUCUGGAAGAGCCUGGUUUUUGGGAUUAAAUAAAGAAGGGCAAGCUAUGAAAGGGAACAGAGUAAAGAAAACCAAACCAGCAGCUCAUUUUCUACCCAAGCCAUUGGAAGUUGCCAUGUACCGAGAACCAUCCUUGCAUGAUGUUGGCGAAACGGUCCCAAAACCUGGGGUGACGCCAAGUAAAAGCACAAGUGCGUCUGCUAUCAUGAAUGGAGGCAAACCAGUCAACAAGAGUAAGACGACAUAGCCAGAUCCUCACAGGUGUUGUGACUUAUUCGUCCUGAGCACAGUUGAGUGAUUUAUCCCUACCAGACACUCCUGCUCCUGUGGCUGAAGAGCAGCUGGCAGCAAGCUAAGGCUUGCUCUCUGCUGUCUCCGAACUUCUUUGUUGCAAGUGGAUAAAUCUCAAUCUGUUGCACCCCCCACAACAAGAAGACACCUGGAUAACCAGCUAAACUCAGACCAUGGAAUGCCCUACCAGAUAUGGAAUGCCUUUUUAAUAUCUUUUCUGUGACUGUGACACUUCAUGUGAAUGACAUACUUCACAAGUACACUCGAUACCUUGCCUGCUGACAGCUACCCAUAAUCCUUUUUGAGUCCUGUUUCAGCGAAAUCCAUGUGUUUAAGUUCGAUUUUGUAGCACACAAAUAAUAUUGAGUAAUUUCUAGUUAGACGCUGUAAACCUGUGCUAUUAUGGAUUUCUCUUCUUCCCAUUUUUACAGGGCUGCUUGCUCCACUGUCUGUGACCUUUUUGCAGGGAUUGUGUUCCUCUAAAUCUUCAAUGUUGCAGUUGGCUUAGUUGGGAGAGCAAUCAGGGAAUCAGGAAACCUUCUAAAUCUAUUAUUAUAAAUCACAUCUAUAAAGAUUAAGAUUGUUGUCUCUGGCUCACACUAUCAAUUAAACACACAUAUACGCUCUAUCCAGUAGCAGAUACUGUGCUCCCGAGGUUGGCAUUGCCUGGGUGGGAAAAGGGUCAAACACAAUCCAUGGGAAGCUCUCUAUGAUACGUGUUUGACAUCCCCCUAUAGUUUCUUUGUGUGUGUGUGUUUUAUACAUAUCACAAGCUUACUGGUAAUGGUAACAUUUGCCUUGCCCAGCGAGCAAGACCCACUGGUUUUUGAGAAAGUGGGUCCAAAGAAUUCUGUAGGCCUUGUAGGCCUGAUUAAGGUUCAUUUUUCAUCUAUUAAUUCUCAUUAUUUGGAAAAAAAAAAGAGAGAAACCAAUAAUUACAACCUAUGAGAAUUGCGCUACCUAAGUCCAUUUCAGAUAUACUCCUUCCUGUUUUUAAUGACCCAAACUCGAUGCCACCCCCGUUUUGGGCUGCGUUCCACUCAUACUCAGCAGAGCAUGGGCAAGGCGGCUGUUGUGUUCUUUUCUGCAGCAGCAAUGCAAACGUUAGUUAUAAAUUAGACUUUAAUAUUUUUGGUGUUUAAUGACAAGUUUUUAAACUGGACAUAUUAGGAAAAAAUAUUUUUUUUAGCUCAGCAUGCUGAGUCCGGUACUGUGUAUCUCACCAGGACAUGCCUCUAACUCAGCGUUUGGGCCCCGUGUGGCCCAAUGGCCGGGUUAGAGGUGCCUUGCCAUGAUCUCAGAAUACAGUCUGUUGAAUUAUCCUAGAUACAAAUAAAGGCAAACCAACACAUUGAGUCAUCAGGAUUUUAGUCCAUUCAAUUCAUUUGCUUUUGUUUUCUUCUGCAUUCUUCAUUUCCUUUCUAAUUUAAUACUGCUUAAACUCUGAGCUUAGGGAAAGACAGCUACUAAGAAAGGCCAAGAAUAGUUGAUUACCUAGUGAAGAUUCCAUGCAAAAUGUUCAUUAUUGGAUAUAAAGAGUUUCAAAAUGUUUAAUACUAAAUUGUUUGGAAAUAUAUUUGGUAACUCUGUGUACACCUAAUAAAAUUCAAUGUUUUCUUCUCACAAGAGUUAUUUGAGACCAAACUGAACCUCAUUUAUAGAAAACUAUAUGUGGGAUCAAUGUACUGGCCUCUUGCUAUUAUUUCUAUGUGGAAGGAUGACCCAGUCGCCAUUUUCCCCCAUCUGCACUGUAUUUAUUGGGAAAUUAUUUUGUCACUGCUUUCAUAAAUCUCCAUGACAGCCCUUGCCCAGCAUUAAAAAAUUUUGGCCUGCUUAGCUGAUUAAAGGUUUAGUAUAAAUUUACCUGUUUAUGCUUAUUUCAUUUUCAUAUUGGAUUCCACUUGAAUAAAUAAAAAGUUAGCAUAACAUUUGAGUAGAUUUAUUGUCAAUGAUGCUAAAUUACAAAUACAACAAAAUGAUUCCUUUGCCCAUUCUCGAUUUGGUGUUACGCCAUUUUUAAAGCCUAUUGCUUUUAACAGGAUAAGUUAAAAUAUAUGAAUUCCACUAACCAAUUGUUUAGGGAAGACGUAUAUCCCAUAAUAUGUGGCAAACUAUUAAUAUGAAUAAUUUACUUGUAAAACCAAUGGGCUUCUAGACACUGCUUAUGCCAAUACACACACACAUAUACACACACACACACACACACACACACACACACACACACACACACACACACACUCACCCUUACCAACAAUCCCGUCCUAUUUGUUUCUGAUAAUCAGCUCUACUUGCUGGUUUCUUUUCCUCCUGCAAGCUUGUUUAUUGGUUUAAAUUAAAACAAGAUUUAUUUUUGUAAAUGACAGACUUAUGUAAAUGUGCACCUCUGUUUUGUUUUUUAUAUGGGUUGUCUAUAAGGGCAUUUAUCCCUAUGAAUGGAUGUCAAAAUACUCUCUUCUAAUAUAUGUUUAGAUAUAUUGCAGAGGGGUCCUUGUUAUUUGUAAUUUAGUUAGGUCAUUUAUUUUGUGUCUGGUCUCACCUGUUGCAUGGGAAGAGGACAGCACUGAUGAACUGCAUGUAGUAGGACCUGUAUAUCAAGAACUGUUGGUAUGUAUUACUCAAUUUGCAUACAAAGAGUUUGUCUGCAUUGUACAGUUUCUGUGUUUAAUAUCAUUUGUUGUAUUUACAAAUACAACAUAUUGAAUAAAAUAUUUAUAUGAAGGCAUAUUAAAAAUCAUCAACAAACUUUCUGUAACAAAAUGGCAUUGCAUCACCCACAAAUAUAGAAAAAUGUCAUGUAAAUAAGUUGGUAAACUCAAUUUCCCCCUUUACCAUGCCAAAGAAAAUUUUAGCUCUUUGAUGAUACCUCUCUUGCUAUUCUUCCGGGAUAAGACUUCACCAUUUUUUUUCCCUCAGAAAUUAAGUUUGCUGUUAUUAAGUGCAAUCUGUCACUAUUGAUGUUCUGUAUAGUAAAUCUGAUGGAAUUCA